AACCAGAAGCAAGCAUCGCAUACUCGCUAUUGCUACCUGAGAUCGAUUCCAAACAUAUCCAAGUGCGGCCGCCUGCAAAGAAACAUCGAUCUACCGGGCCACUUGGCUCAUCGCGAAGCUCCUAUCGCUGGACAUCCUGUAUAGUCUCUAUAACAGUGUCUAGUAGACCAGAUAGCCCGCAUCCGAGAUGGCUUCCGACCCCCCAGGAUCAUCAAGGGCUCAGCAGCCUCAUGCUGGCCCACAGCCUGCUCCCAUCCCCGCACCAGGGGACGCAGCUUCACCUCCGUCCAAGGCCAGUCUGAAGCAAUGGUGGAGAAACUUUAGCAAGCCGCCAAACAAAGGACAAGAAAAUGUAUCAAAUGUGCAACAACCAACAGGAAUAUUCGGUGUCCCGCUGCGACAGAGUAUCACCUACGCGAACGUUGCCAUCUCACUCGUAGACGGCGAAGGACGCAGUUACAUCUAUGGCUACGUGCCGAUUGUGGUAGCCAAGUGUGGAGUCUUCUUGAAGGAGAAAGCAACUAACGUAGAAGGAAUCUUCCGCUUGAGUGGAUCAGAAAAGAGAAUAAAGGAGCUUAGAACCCAAUUCGAUUCGCCUGACCGUUACGGAAAAGGCCUAGACUGGGCAGGAUACACCGUUCAUGACGCUGCGAACGUGUUGAGGCGAUAUCUGAAUCAGCUUCCGGAGCCAAUUGUUCCCCUGGAGUUGUAUGAAAAAUUUCGGGAGCCACUUCGCGGUCACACCCAAGAGGCCGUUGGAGACGCAGAAGGACCACAACUCGCAGCUGAUUUCGACGUCGCGAAAGCGAUUUCCACGUACCAGAAGUUGAUCACUGACCUUCCGCCUUUGAAUCGCCAGUUGUUGUUGUACAUCCUCGACUUGCUUGCAGUGUUCGCUUCAAAAUCCGAUGAAAAUCGCAUGCCUUCUGCUAACCUAGCCGCCAUCUUCCAGCCCGGUAUGCUCUCUCACCCGCAACACGACAUGGCACCCGAAGAGUAUCGAUUGAGUCAAGAUGUGUUGAUCUUCCUGAUCGAGAACCAAGAUCAUUUCUUGAUUGGCAUGAGGGGCACUGCUGCAGAUGAACAGACGGUUUAUGAAGUGCAGAAUGGAGGUACUCCUCCUCCUGGGACUCCGAAUACGCCUGGUAGAAAGACUAAUGUUGCAAGAUCUGCAUCAAACGCCAGUGCCGGAGCAGACAGCGUGAGGAAGUAUGGUGGGAUACGACGUAAUGUAUCCGUUUCCUCUCGGCACUCACGACAAUCGAAUGGUGCACCCAGCCCAGCAAGUCCUGCUUAUGGAGCACCUUUAACGAACACAACGAGUAGUGGUGUUCACAGAAGCAAUACCGUACCAUCGAAGCGUUCUCCAGGAUUGCCAGGAAACCGUCUGCAAAAGACUUCAGGCUCCCCAUCCCCUACUGCUACUGCCUUUAACCCAGCUCAAGCCGCUGCUCCUCGUGGUCUUUCUCCUGCAGGCGUUACUAUUGAAGACCGGAGCUUUACUUCCUCAUCCCCUGGCGCUACGCCGACUGCACUUGGCAUCUCUGCAACUUCUGCAGCUUCAGCAAUUACUAGCCAAGAGCGAUUAUUAGCUGAACCCGGCAACGCAGCGACCCCAGCCAGAGAGCGAAACAUCUCCAAUCUCUUUCAGAGAUCACCUACUGCCGAGACCGAUCGAAAGGCCCCUAAAAAGCUCCAAAAGAAGAGAGGGGCUCCAGGAAGUGCUAAUCCGAGUGCACAGAGCUCUACACAGUCUCUUCAUUCUCAGAGCCACCUAGCUUCACCUCCGCUCAACGCAGCUCGUGGUACAGGCGAUGUCACUGAAUCCUCACCUUUGGAACCAAUCCCUUCAUCUUCAGAACCUCCUGCAAUCGAACAAACCGAAGCCACUCCUCCUGCCACCACCACUCCUCGGGCUGAUCAAACUGCACAUCAAUUUCCCACUCGACCUGAGGGCAUGCAUCAACCAUCUGAGAGAACUCUGAAGCCAGCUUCACCACCCACUUCUUUACACUCAAGCUCUUCGUUCAACGAUCAAUCAGAUGCAGAUCGACAUGAUGAUACUGUUGUGGCUAAUGAACCAAAGGAGAAGCGUCGCUUGUUCCGCAUGUCCCGACAUCGAGAUACGUCUGGGCCAUCUCUCACACCAAGAAAAGGUCUUGGUUCAGAUGCUGGCGCUGGAGCAAGUUCGACGUCUGUAGGCUCGGCUAAGCCAAGAAAGAGCUGGACUGGUGAAACUAUGCCCGCUAGCUCCGAUUCCACUCUUGUUGGUGCCCAUCUUCAUUCCAGCAACGACACGGAUCAUGGGGAAGAGAAGAAGGGUCCCUUGAGCCGAUUAUGGGAGAAGGUCCGUGAGAACAAAGAGGAGAGAGAUGCAAAGAAGGAGCGCAAUAAGAGUCCACCUGGUUCGAAUGAACGCCUUGCUUCAGCACUUCCUCGAGGAAAGAGCAUGGAUGUGAGACGCGAUGAACACUUCGAGAUGCCAUUGGAAGGAUCAUCGACCCCACGAGCUCAACAACCACCACCACCUCGAUGACACCUAGAAGCAUGAAAUCGUUCAGUUAUAAUUCUUGCUAUGUGUUUGAUUCAAAAUUGCGGGUUUAGCCGGAGUAGCGGGUGGAUCACGUCUAUUUCCUUUUCAUCGUUUUCAGCCAAACUUCACGACUUGUUUUUCAAAGAUCGA